AUGCCACGAUUUCCGCAUGUUUGUGGGCUCUGCCUGCUCUUUCGGUUGUGGCAAUUACUAUCUUUGGCUCCGGUUGCCUACAAUGACAGGGAAGGCGUUCGAUGUCGCCGGCUGCUGACGCUGAGUGCUUUCCUCAAAUGGCUCAUCUUGGUGGCAAUUGCCCCCUUCAUUCUGAUGCAAAGUGCAGCAUUAUACAAGGCGACAAAUGUGAAGCAUUCCUCGUUUUUCAAUUACAUUGCCUUGGGCACAAUGGCUGGAGACAUAGGAAUAUCUCUUAUUCUAUUGGCCAGUCAUUUGUGGCAGCGCCAGCAAUUGGCUCAUCUUUUAAAUCAAUUUGUUAAUCUGCAUCACACUACCAGAUUAUCCUGGCCAGCUACUCUAAUGCUUUGGACUAAGCUUCUUCUCUCCCUAUACGAGGUUUUGUGUAAUAUUCCCUUUCUGCAGGACUCGGCCAAACGUUUACCUUGGCCUCAACUCCUGGGCUAUGGCAUAGAACUCUAUGUUCAACAUGUGAGCAGUGUCUAUGCCAAUGGAAUCUUUGGUGGAUUGCUUCUACUGGUGGCCAAUUUAAACGAAUUGGAGGAAGAGGAUGGACAAUCUCUGCCAUUGAAAAGGGAACGUCAUUGGCUUAGAAUGAGCAGCAAGUUUUCCAGCACUUUCCAAUUGGGAAUAUUCCUUCUGGUCAUUGGCAACUUUAUCAACAUUUUGGCCAACAUGUAUGCCUACAUGUCAUACUUUGUGUCCCAGCAUGGCGUUCCUCUGACCAUAUCGAAUUAUUGCAUCAUUGUUGCCAUUCAGCUAUACGCCCUGGUGAUGGUGGCCCAUCUCUGUCAGGUGCGACACUCGAGACUAUGUCGUCGAUAUCUUCAAUUGGGUUAUACCCCCGAUAAUUUAAGUCUAGAGAAGGCUAUGGGACCAACAAUUCCUUUACUAAUGUCCCCCUUGGGCAGUGUUAAGUUUACAAUUUUGGGUCUCUUUACCCUUGACAAUGCUUUUUGGUUGUUUCUAGUAUCUUAUGCUGUGAACUUUAUUGUUAUCAUCUUGCAAUUCACCUUGGAGAAUAUGAAGCGCUAG